AUGCCGGGGCCGCGGCGACUACUACAGCAAGCGAGCUCACUACUACUGCUCGUCGCCUUGAGCGCGACAACAGUCUCAGCCAUACCAGCUAGCCAGCUAUUCCACCGACAGUCAGAAUCAACAUGUGCGGCCGAGGGUUUCUCAAAGUGUUCCCAGGCAGGUUUGCCCGAUAACUUUUGCUGUCCGACCGACUCGACAUGCAUCCCUUUGGCCGCAAAUACUGCGGUUCUUUGCUGCCCAAAUGGAUCAGACUGCUCGAUAAUACAAUCGGUUACUUGCGACAUUAACAAGCAGGAUCCAGAAAAGAAUCCUAAGGCACAACUCAAGAGCACUGUUUUGGAUAUUGACUUACGAAAGUGUGGUGACAAAUGCUGCCCAUGGGGCUACUCUUGCAACACCGGAGGUCACUGUCAAAAGGAUGCGGAUCAGUCCAAAACACCGCAGGAAUUGAACAACAAACCACCGCCAAGCCCAAUCACGACGGCAACUCAAGCGCUAACAAGCGGUUCUCAACCAACCCAGACUACAUCCACAUCUAUCUUCUCUGUGGCCGAGCCUCCUGCUGGAACCGAUGAGCCAACAUCAACCCACGAACCUACAGCAAGCAGCAAGCCUACAGCAAGUGGUGACAAGUCAGCAGGGGACGCAAAGCCCGUGGAAAGCGGGAAGCCCGAACACGAAGAGCCGGAGGAGAAAAGCGGAGGAAGUCCCACUGCAAUCAUCGCUGGCGUGGUUGCAGGCGUUGCCGUCUUCCUCAUCGUCGGCCUAAUCGCCCUCUACUUCUGCGUUCUGAAGCGCAAAGGCAAGGCUCCCGGAGGAGCUGGAGCCGGUAACGGCCACCAUGGCCAUGGCGAGAAACCGCGCCUGAACCGAUCGACAUCCUCCUUCGGCAACAUCAUCAGCAACCCCAUUGUUGCCGAGGACACCAUUCGAACGGACUUCAACCGCUCGGUCUCCGCCCAAUCUCACCGCCGCCCGGACUCCGACUUUGCAGCAGUAGCAGGCAACGUCAACCCCUUCGACACUCCACCGCGCGGUGCAGGCAGUAACGUUCCCGGUCCCUCAGCCUACACCGGCACCGGCACCAACAGCCGCAACAACUCGCCUCCACCAGCAGCAGGCGGUCGACCCGGCUACACCACGCCGCCCAUCACGCCCUGGGGCGCAACAAGCGGCGGCGGCGGCGGCGGCGGCGGUCAAGGCGGACCAGACAGCCCGCGCGGAAACAGCGGAGUCAGCAUCAACGUGUUUGCCGAUCCACGGACUUUGACCCCCGAGCGGCUUGCCAAAUCCAAUGACAACGCCAACAACAGCAACAACAACAACAACACCUACUCCAAAUUCAUCCCCAACACCAACUCCACUUACCCCUAUCUCAAUAAUAACAACGAUACCAACAUUCCCAUUCCCAAUAACUACAACACCGAUGAUUACGACCCCUUCAACCCCGACAACAACCACCACCAGGGACAGACAAGACCAGUGACAACCUUCACGGCCAUGAUGGAGGAAGCCGACUUGGGCGCAGUAGCGAGGGGCGCUAAGUACGUGCCGCCUACGCCUAAGACUCCGGCUGGGUUGCUGGGACCGCAGGUGCCCGGGGCGGGUAGCAUGCCGAACAAACAGGUUUUAGUAGAACCUUUUGUUUCGCUACCUAGCUAUUCCGUCCGUGUGCGUGUGCCAUACUGUUACCGUUGCGUGGUGGUGGGUUGGGAAUAG